GAGCGCGCGGAUCAGAGCGACAGGUGUCCUCCGCCGUACAGGUGUUCUCUUCAGCAGUCGGCUGAAUCGGCCAGUGGUGGUCAGCAGCGGCGCGCAUUCGUGCGUGCGUGCGUGCAUGCCUGCGUGCGUGCGUGCAUGCGUGCGUGCAUGCGUGCUCCGUUCCGUUCCGUUCCGUACCGUACCGUACCAUACUCGCGUCGCGGCGACGACGGCGGCGGCGGCUCUUUCCUCUCUCUCUCGCGGGUGUGCGGCGUGAGAGACUCCGUUCGGUUCUCUUUUUUCGCGGGCGAGAAAGACUUUUCCUCUGUGACGUGAAAGUGAAUAUUAUUCUCCUCGCGAGGAAGCGAACGCGGGAAGCGUGUGUGUCGGAGAGCUCGGAAUAAUGACUCGGCCGAGGCGCAAAGUCAUCGACUCGGGAAUACCGAGAAGAGCGAGGAGGUGAAGGAAGGAGAGAGAGCGAGAAAAGAGAGAUCCCGGCUCUCCUUCUCUUUCCUCCCUGGCGUGCAUCUCCGUCACGCCGCUUUCGAAUAAACGUUAUAAAUUUUCACAUGCCAACAGCGAUCUACGCGCACGCCCGAUCGACGGGCGGAUGGACUCGCGGUGCACUGGAAUAUUAUGUUAAUCGCCUUUUACGGCCAGAAUGAGGGAGGAAGAGCUCGAGAUAUCACUCAAGGUGGUGAUAGUGGGCAACGGCGCCGUGGGGAAGUCGUCGAUGAUUCAAAGGUUUUGCAAAGGUACAUACACGAGGGACUACAAGAAGACGAUCGGCGUCGACUUCUUGGAGCGUGAGAUCGAAGUCGACGGUGAGGACGUAAGACUGAUGCUAUGGGAUACUGCAGGACAGGAGGAAUUCGAUGCGAUAACCGCGGCUUACUAUCGCGGAGCUCAUGCCUGUGUCCUCGCUUAUUCGGCCACAGAUAGAGAUUCUUUCGAUGCUAUUCCAUCAUGGAAACUCAAGGUCGAAAACGAGUGCGGAGAAAUACCCACGGUACUAGUGCAAAAUAAAAUCGAUCUCGUUGAUCAGAGCGUGAUCGAUCCGGACGAAGCCGAAAGGCUCGGCCGCGCCUUAGGCUGCAAACUCUUGCGGACAUCCGUGAAGGAGGAUAUCGGUGUGAUGAGCGUUUUCCGACAUUUGGCGUCACGAUGUCUGCACGAGAUGCGUCGCUCCGACGACGACUAUCAAGACGAUCUGAGAUUAUAUUCCGCGGAGCCUAGAUCUCCUUCUGUUAUAAGUGCAUUUAGUCCGGACGGGUCAGUGUGUGGUCGUAACGCCGGUAAUGGAACGAUAAUCCUUCGGCCCGGCGGCAAAACGAAGAGUCAUAAGAAACGAAAUUUUGUGAAAAAUGCUUGUAGACUCUUGUAGCUAUUUUUCUUAUAGGGUGUACGUACGUAUAGCGUUACCCGAGUAUCGCACGAAGACGUCGAAGGUGCGGGUGUGUUUUGUAAAUAUAUACAGUUUAUUCUCUGAAGGCGUAAACGGUGAUUUACAGUGCCCGAUAGUGCAAAUCUGUUGUAUUCUAAUUAUCGGCCUAAUCUCGACGGUUUCGUGUAUGAGAACGUAUAGUACGCAUAACAUUUGGGAACUCAUUAAUUUAAACGCAAUAGAAAUAAUCAUAAAUAAUAACGUUGCUCAUAAUGUUAACCAAAUGGUUGUAGAUUGUAAGGUACGGAACAAAAUUAAUCGCAAAAUAAUUUAACUGCAGUUACGCGUACUCAUAAAUGUGGAUGGGAAUAGUGAUAUAAUAAUGAAUGAAUAUGACGCGUAAUUUGUAAAUAUCUCGCCAUAUUAUAUGUGUUAAAUGAUUAAUCUUUAAAUUGCAUCACAUUCAAAAACCAAAUUAUGAAAUUAAGAUUUUUAUAUCAAUAUAAAUAGCGUUAAAUGUAAUGACAAUAAUAUAAUCAUUAUUUACAGAUUAGCGCGUCGAUUUAUUACUUAAGAUUAUCCAAAUCCAAUAAUCACUCAAGACCACCCCUUCCCCGUUCAACUUUGCAAAAUUUUGGAACUAAAUUCUGAACAUGUAUUGUGGUUUAAGGCUUUUACCUCUUUAAUACAACAAUGCAAUGAUUGAAUUAUGACGUAAAAAAAGAGAAAUCAUAAAUUUCUUUUUUCUUUUACAUCUAUCGCCACUUCCGACGUCAUAAUUCAAUUGAUUGUAAUAAGAAAAUGAGAGCUUUAAGCACAAACAGUUUGUAUAACUACAGUUUCCUAAAAAAACAACACUAUAUUACAAUAAGUUACUUAAUAACUAAUGUUAUAUUUUUACUUAUUUGUAAUAUAACAGAACGUUAAAUCUCUGUACAUUUUGCUAAAAAUAAAUUGAUUUUUGAUAAAAG